CAGUUGCCUCUUGAAUAUUGAAUCAACAGGUAGUUUUAAGUAGAGAUUUGUUAAAAUUGUUGAAAUCAGUUUUUUUUAAACAUGAAUUAGUGAAAAAUGUAUCGAUAUAGUCAGAAGAGAAUUCAAACUACGGUCAGCCGGUGAGAAAGGAUUUUAUUUUUGAAAGCGUCUGCCAAGUAUACACAGAAAUUCCUCGCAUUCCAACGUUGGUCCAGGGUCUAGCGAGGCCAGCAUCCAGAUGAGAAUGUUACUUUUGUGAUUACUCAUUCGGUGACAUCUGAGGAAUGUGAAGAAUUUAUAUACUGUGGCAUGUGUGGCAUAGGUUGAUGGAAAGAAAAGGUGCUGGAUAAUCCAAAUGGAUAACACAAGCCCAUUAUGGCCCAGCAUCUGCAAGCACAACAUCAACACGAAUUCUUACCACUUUGCGAUGUAUUAUUCAACAUAAUUUCACUUGCAUCCUAUUUUUGCGACGUUGUUUUCGAUUUUGCAAUGGUAUAUGCUCUUGCGCAUCAUUCUGUUGCUCCUCCCAUUCUAUUUCCUUUGAGCAUUAUUCUUAUAGCAACAUCAUUAAUUAUUUCUCAGAUUAUUAGUAUACGAUGGUAUCUAUGGGGUGCCAGAGGCAAAUUAACUGGUAAUACUAUACCAGCUUGCAAUAUUAAUGAGAAAAAAGAAAGCAAUAAUUGGACAAUAUGGUGUGUUCUAUUACUUCAUUCAACUCAAGUAGGCGUACUCUGGAGAUACUUCAAAUUAUUUAUUCCAGUUAAUUUAACUUAUGUCAAACAUGAGGUGAGAGAACUCUGUGUAUUACGCCUUAUUCAUGCAUUUUGUGAAGCUGCACCAAUGUUACUUUUGCAAUUGUAUCUAUUAUCAAUUGGAAUUAAUAAUGAAUCAAACACAGAUAUUGUUAAAGGAAAAGAAACUGAAAGUAGGGAUAGUGACAAACUGGCAAAAUUAACAGCAGUAUCUGCUGGUCUCUCUUUGUGGAGUGUAUGCUGGGCAGUUGCCAGUUUUAGUAAGGGUGCAGCACGUCUUCGUAAUUUAGAACGUUUGGUGCUGACAUGGCUAGGUGUGCUGGCACAACUAGCAUGGCGUUUAGGAACUGUAAGUGCUAGAGUAGGAGUAUUAGUAGCUUAUGCUUCACUUUAUGGUGGGCAGUGGCUGUUAAUUGUUAUGGCACUUCAUUGGCUAUCAAUGUUGAUGUGGCUACUGCUUACUCCUGAUGGCCUUUUUCACGGUGGUGAACAUUUACCUAUUUUAAGAAAAACAUCUUUAGCAUCACUUCUUGCAUUUGUUUACAUAUUUGCAUAUGUAAAUUUACACGAAACGAAUCAUCGUCAAAAAAUGGUAAUUUUUUAUACCGUCAUGUUCUUGGAAAAUAGUCUACUCAUAGGUGUGUGGAUAGUUGGUAUCAAUAGAAGUGAUCUUCUUCCACACCAACAUCAUCCAAACCCUAUAACUUUAGUACUUACGUUUUUAGCUUUAUUUUUCGGUGGUAUGUUUUUCAUGGGUCUUUAUUAUAGGUUUUUCCAUGUAAGAAGAUUGAGGUACGAAGCUGGUGGUAGAAUGACGGCUUCGAAUCUAACAGCUUUGACAAAUCAGGAUAAUUUGGAAGAUAAACAAAUAGAAUAUUCAGAAGAUAAAAAAAUUAACGUAAAUGUAGGAGUAAGAAGAGUUAAAUUAAGUAAUGGUGGAAUACCAGGAGUAUUUAACUGCCGUUUUGCCAAUCCAACGGUAGUAAAUCCAAACCGUAAAAAGAAAAAGCCAACUACUUUUGUACCUCCACCUCCACCACAAUCACAAACUGAAGCUGUUACAGCUUCUAUAAAUACACUAGGAGAUACGAAACAGCGGCUUGGUGUAAAUAAUAAUUCACGUCAAUUAAUACCAUUCUGGAAGAAAUCCGUAAAUUCUAGUAUAAUCUUGAGCGAUCACUCAAACGAGCAAAAGAUUGGAGUAGAUAUUGGAGCAACUGGAUCCCUGAGUGUUAGUUUGAUCAGGGAAAAACUCCAAGAGAAAAAGCAACAGCAGCUGCGAGAAUUAAGAGCUAUCCAAGAAGAGAUCAAAGAAGGAAAAUUAUUUCCUCCACCCUCAGCUUCGACCUCCUCGUUCUCAUCAUCGCCUGCAUCGAAUCAACAACCACCACCCAAUACAAAGUUGCACACUUCUCCCAGUUCUCCAUUAUUUACAUCUGCACCAUCUGCAAUUGAUCAAAAUGGAGGAGUAACGUUAUCUUCGUGGCCUCCGGUAAAAAUGCACUGCCUUCUACCUCCACCACCAUCUUCCUCCUAUUAUCCAAAUGUUCAUCCUUCAAAUUCAUGGAGAACGACACAGAGAGAAAGAGCAGACACACCGGAAAUUUUGCUCGCACCACGAUGUCUUCCUCAUCAUUAUUCUCAUUGGGUACCUUCCGCUCACAUUAAUCAUCGCCAAAACGGUGGAGAAGAAAGUUCCAAGGGUGAAGGAGAAAUCGAAGGAGAAAUUAGCGAUAUGGAGGGUAGUCAAGUUUCAUUGCCUCGAAGCUAUACUCUUCCUCGAGAAUUUAAAUAUAAUCACCCAAAUAAUAUUGCCAGGGAUCGAGAACGACGUGUAGGGAAUAAUAAGGUGACAUCUUCGCGUUUUUAUUUACCUUCUACCAAUAGUUCUGAUGGAGAUGUGGAUAGUGCGGAUAACGAAGAUGAGACAGAUUCUGAAGUACAUUUCCGUAUGAAAAACAAUCACAGGCAUAAUAGUAACGGGGAAACACAACAGCAGCAACAACAACGAUAUACGUUCGAAGAUAGUAAUAAAAAUGAAUUCUUGCAUUCUAAUUCUGACUCUGUAUCGGCUGUUAUAAUUUCCGGGAAUUCAUAUUUACAUAAUUCUCAAGGAUUGUUGCGACCAAGUCAGUUAUUUAGAAACAGGGUUAAACACGAAACAAAGCUUUGAAGUUUUCUACUUUUACAAAGAGAGUGUAUAAUAGCUAAUUGAAAAUUGGGAACAGAAAAGACUGUAUGUGACUUAUCUUUUAUAAAAUUAACACUUUUUUAAUCAACAUUCCAAUGAUGCAGAGCAUGUUUGUAUAUACAUAAAGUAGCCAUGGAGAUACAUUUU